UAGGCACCGAAGUGCGGCAGUUCGAGUCGGCACGUUCCAAUUAGCACACAGCGACACUGUCGAGUUCUUUGGUUACGAAUUGUCUGACUACUUUAAAUGAAAAAACCGUUAGCGCCCACAAGUUCCAGACGGCUGAAAUCUCAACGAAGCAUAGUUUCUUGGACUAUGAAACGACCAAAAAAAGUGGACAUUUCAAAUUAUCCGCCUGUUUGUCCCCUAGUAGGAUGCUCUGGACUCGGUCAUAUAAACGGAAAAGAUGUUAUUCAUAUUACUUUAUCUGGUUGCCCAUUUUAUCAUAAUAUGAGCUUCGCUAAAUGGAUUGAGAUGUGUUCACGAGAAGAAGGUCUGGUUAUUGCAGAAUCCGUAAAACAAGUUGCAGCGUCUUCUGAGUCACCAUCCAAAGCCAAAAACAAGCUCGAUCGCUCCUAUCAGUUUAAGACUACGCAGCGGGAACCUUUAUUGGAUGAUCUAGCCACUCCAAUUGAGUUGUAUCAAUUUCGCCGUGCUCAACAGCUAGUGGUUUCUACCUGUGAAAUGGAAGUUAGAGAACAUUUGCUUUUGUGUGCCCGAAUAGCUUCAUAUUCUUCAACGAGUGCAUACACAGAAGACACUAGAUCCGCUACAGAACAGCGUAUACGUUCUGUGAUUCUUGGAAAUUGGGAUAUAGAGCCAUGGUACCAGAGUAACUAUCCGGCUGAUCUGUGCUGUCUCCCCUGCAUAUACAUCUGUGAAUUUUGUUUAACAGGAAUGAGCUAUUAUGUGACAUACCACCGCCAUAAAACAAAAUGUGGUCGAACUUGUCCACCAGGUAAUGAAGUGUAUCGGAAAGACAACUUAUCGUUUUUUGAAAUUGAUGGAGAACACUAUCAAGAAUAUUGUCAAAAUUUGUGUCUAUUGGCCAAAUUAUUUUUGAAACAAAAGACUGUCUGGGAAGAAGACCAAGUGCCAGAGUUUUUGUUCUAUGUACUAACGGAAACAGAUGAAGAGGGUUCACAUAUUAUCGGUUAUUUUUCAAAGCAAAAACCUGAUGUUGAGAUUGAUUAUUCUGCAAGCAAAUCAGUACACUAUAAUCUCUCAUGUAUUCUUAUCCUACCACCGUAUCAAUGUCGUGGUUUUGGUCGUAUGCUUAUUGAAAUGAGUUAUACCUUAAGCCGACUAGAACAACGUAUUGGUACCCCUGAACGUCCAUUAUCCGACUUAGGAGUUAUCAUAUACCGAAGAUAUUGGCGUUACGAGAUACUGACAUACCUAUCAAACUACACUGAUCGUUCAAUAAAUAUCCGAACGAUGAGUCAAGAAUUGUGCAUAGCAAUCCGUGAUAUCGUAAGCACUUUACUGGAUAUGAAAAUGCUUAUAUGCCAUCGAACAAAGUAUUAUAUAAUUAAUAAUAAGAAUGACGUAGAUACGCUAUUGAGCAAUAUGAAGCCACCUUCAAUGGAUCGUCGUAUAGACCCUUCCUGCCUGCAUUGGACUCCAGUACAGCAUGGUAAAUCGCCUAGUACGACUAGUGGCACUAGUCAAAAAAACCUCACAAGCCUGGUUUAACUACACUGUGUUGGAUUCUCUUUUAUUUUUGGAAUUGUUUAAAACGUUAAUCCUUUUUAAAACCCUUUUGUACAUAUCCGAAACUGUCUUAAAUUUCUGUGGUUUCGUUCAUUUUUUUAAAAAUUUUGGCGAAAAAUUUGUGUUAUGCUUGCAAAUUAUUUAAUGACAAAAAUGUAUACACACAUAUGUUCAUGCACAAUCUGUGUUAUUUGACGAUUUUACAGACACAUUCUGCGACAGAAGACAGUGGAAAUGAAUUUGUGAAAGUGUAUUAGUCAAGUGGUAGAAAUGUGCCAUAUUCUAAUAGUGUAGUUGUUCUUCUCAGGCUCACAGUAUGAUUGCAUUAGUUGGUGUAUUGCUUACGCGUCAUCAGUGAAAUUCAGAGGUUAUUUUGGACAUUUCGGGUGGUAAUAUAGGGAUGUUUAGAGUGUACUUUCUAUCUUUGAGAUGCAAGUGAUUGCUUCUGUACCAGUCGACGUGGUGACAUAACACUAUGACAAGGAGUGGAGUGGUUAAGUAGGUUGAUGUGUUUCAUUGUUAUGGAGAGUUAGGUUAUAUGUUGUUAGAUGACAUCUACUGAAAUCAAGGCAUGAGUACAAAGGACUCGUUUGACUUUUUCAACUUGAAGUACUUGUGGAGUCGUUGGAAUAGGUGAUAUCGUCCAUGAAGAGUGAGUGGAAUGUACUGUUCAUCAGUGUGUUUUGUUUUACUAUAUAGGUGCAAACAGGCGUUCGGGCAUAUGAUCAUCGAUAAAAGUAACGGAAUAGCAGAAACUGAACAUCAAAGUGUGAUUAAGUAAUUUAUUCAUUAACGGAAUGUAAGAUUACUGGUGGUCCACUAAGGGCCAGUGAGAACUUUUAUGCAUAGUCCUCCGUUGAAUGUUCAGUUGAAUUGGUGAACUGCAUUCGCUUGUGUCAGCCUAAUUAUUCUUCAUCACAGAUUUUGUAUUCCGCUUUUGAACCGGAAUUCGUAGGAUAUUACACAUGAUAAGAAAUUAGAAGGUAAUUGUAUGCUGUUAUUUUUAAACUACUGGUUACGGAUUAGUGUUAAGCAAUUAAAUUAGAGUUAGGGAGCUCUUCCCGUGUAGUCGAUAAAUGAUCAACUUUCCAUGGAUUCCCCUCCUACUCCUCCAUCCACACUUGUGAAGGCGUGAUGCUAGGUAG